UCUGUAUGUGUGUGUGUGUGUGUGUGUGUGCGCGCGCGCGCGGUGUUCAUGAGCGGAGGGAGUGAUAUUAGAGACUUGUUCGUCUUGUGCUGGACUGAGUCCUCUCCGUGUCCCAGUAAGAAGAGACGCAGCUUGUCCUCUUCAACACUCAGCAUGUGGAGCUGAAAACUGUUCCUCACACUGAGUUCCUGUGAAAGUUGUUUUUUAAGUUGGUGGAGUUUUUGUCAGCAGAGGCGGUGUACCGGGAACGGACGUGGAGUCAGAGCCGGUCACGUGAGUGCGUGAGUGAGGUGUGUGUGUGUGUGUGGACCGGUGGGAGGUUCGGUCUCCCGGGCGCUCGCGGCGCUUUUGUCCUCUUUUACCUGUCGGGUGACUGAAAGCUGAUCUACCGACUCGAGUUCACUUCAUGUAACGAGCAGAAAACACCAUGAAGUAACCACGGAAUUAGUAAUGACCAUGAGGAUGAAGUUAACUUUACAGCUUAGGAACACGUUUACGCAUGGACACGCGCGCGGCCGCGUCACUUCGAAGUAACUUUUAAACCUGCGGUUAUUUAUUUAUUUAUUAUUAUUAUUGUUUUUUUUUAUUUAUUAUUUUCAUAUCGGAAAUGGCUCUGUCCCAAAUCCAAUGUCUAGACGACAACCACGUGAACUGGCGUGUGAGCGAGGCCAAACCCGAGUUUUUCUACAGUGAGGACCAGCGGCUCGCGCUCGAAGCGCUCAUCUCCGACGGCCGGGAGGCCUUCGAAACGUACGUGAAGGAGCACGAGCUGAGGCCCUUCCUGUCCGAGCCCGAGCUCGAGCGUCUCUUGCGCUCCGUGGAGGACUACCGGCCCGGGGCCGAGCAUCCCGACACGGCGGACAGAGAGGAGCGCGCGCUGUCUCUGCAGUACUGGCCCGAACUCUCCGACAUCUCCAUACCGGAUUUAGACCUCGGAUGGCCGGAAUGUGCCUCGUACCGCGGAGUCACGCGGGUCAACGUGUACACGCAGCCUCCUGUGGACGGCCAGACGCACAUCAAGGAGGUGGUGAGGAAGACCAUUGCGCAGGCGCAGAAGCUCAUCAGCAUAGUAAUGGACGUUUUCACUGACGUGGACAUUUUCAAGGACCUCCUGGAUGCCGGCUUUAAGAGAAAAGUGGCAGUUUACAUCAUCAUCGAGCAGGCGUAUGUUCAGGACUUCCUGCAAAUGUGUGAUAGAGCGGGAAUGCACAGUGGGCACCUGAAGUAUCUGCGGGUCCGCUGCAGCGGAGGCUCCGAGUUCCACACACGGUCGGCCAAAAGAUUGCAAGGUGUACUGAGUCAGAAGUUCAUGUUCGUGGAUGGGGAUCGUGCCGUGUCUGGAUCGUACAGUUUUACAUGGACGGCUUCCCGUUUUGACCGCAACCUCAUCACGGUCCUCACUGGACAGGCAGUGGAAACCUUCGACAGGCAGUUCCGUGAGCUCUACUUGACCUCCCGUGGUGUCAACCUCUCUAAAAUCCGACUGGUUGACCUUCCCGAGCCUGAUCCAGUCCCUGUCCCUGUACCUGCCGCUGUCCCAUCGGCGGCCGUUGCCAGGAAACUCAUCAACCCCAAAUAUGCCUUGGUGGAGACGUCAAGCCGAACCUCGUCAGACAAAGUACCAAGUCCCAAGGAUAGCUCGCAGAAUCCCUUGCCUCAGCCGGUUAAACGUCGUCGUGAGGUAAUUGAGAAACCACCCAAUCACCCUUGGCUCAUAGGCUUGCCAAAGGCAGAGCUCAUUCCAUACCUGCCUACAUGGCCGGACCCGGACCCACCUAGUGAUGUCAUUGGAUUCAUAAACAUUCGGGACACGAGCAAACCGAUGCAGUCGCAUUUGAUGCGCUCGCAACUGUUUGAAACAUCACAGGCCAUUCGUUUUAAGGACCCUUUUACCGCUCCCCCAGAAGAGCCACUGCCUGAAAAGGCAUGUCCACGUGUUAGAAGUACCUUCAAUGGCAAAACAAAACCACCAGACACUCAUGUGCAACCAAAGGACAAACCUGAAGAAAAGCUUCCACUGGAGCCCAAGAUGACACCUGUACCCCCAGACACCGUUUCGCCUCCUAAAACCGUUUUGCCUCCUACACCGACAGAGCCUACCUCUCAGGACAAAGCUCAGACACAUGAACAUCCUCCAGGACCUCCUGUGCCAAAGCCACGCACCCUACAGCUGUUGAUGACCACAGGUGUUGGACCGGAUAACGUGCAAGUCACCGUGGUCAGGAGAAGCGACGUCAAACCUCAUGAGACAUCUAGGUCAGAGGACGUUGGAGAAGCACCUGAGGCACGUGAUCCAGCGUCUGGCAAUCAGAAUUCAGAACUAGAAACUAAAGACGACGACACGGACAGUAACAAGAGUCCUGAAUUAGCCUAUUCGACACAAGACGAGGGCUCCACGGCAUCUGAUGAGUACUACGAGUGUCCCGACCCAGAACACAGCAGGCUUCCUAACGGCGGACUAAUCGGCUCAGGACGCGUAGCAGAGAACGGCCCGGUGAACAUAAUGGCACGAUUCUCACAAUCUAUGCUGGACCUGAGGCCAGAUAAAAGCACAGACCUGUACCCCACUGACAGGAACUUACUGAAUGUACAGAGCAGAUACACAGGAAAGGUUUGUCAUCCGAUGGAAAUCGCUUCCAUGCGUGAAGCCUACAACAGAGCCAAAGUAGUGAUUGCUAAACCAGGAGUGUACCAUCGCCCUCCGAAAAGUAGCACCCGGGUAAUCGGAGGGCACCGAUACUGGCAGGGCAAACUGGCCACGACGCAGCACGACGUGGGCCGAUCCAGCCGCUCCCCCUGCAGGAGUAUCCCGUCCGGAGGACUGAAAACCAGCCAAUCACCCACUCAGCGGAUCUCUCACGCGCACUCCCCUUCACCACGGAGGAAGGAGACGCAGAUGCCAUUAGGAAUCCAUAUUUCUAAACUCUCCAGCCUCCAACACCUUAGAGGCAGGGUCCCAGGAGUUAUGGGUGACAAAAAAGGUGCACCCGGUCGCAAGGAUUGUUAACCGGGAAAAAAGCAGAAACAGCGCAUGCUAAUUUAGUUCGUGUGUGACUACAACAAAACUAAAUUAAGUUGUUUAUGGUUUUCUAAUGCAAAUUAGUUCUGCUGCCCUGAGGUACAUUUGGACCAAUCCUGUGGGGCAGGUCUACUUUCAGGACUUUUAUGUGGUAUUUCCAGAGCUUGCUUUCAAAACGGUGGAGGCGUGUCAAAGGAAAAUCGAAGCACUCUUCGUAGCGGCCCUUCUUAUCAUGUACUGGCCUGAACGAUUUGGCUAGUACCGUCGUUUUCAUUCGGAAUGUAUUCUCUACUGUUUGUAUGUGGAUUUACAUCCUAAAUCGUAGCACAUUACAGUAUGUACUGGACUGUUGUAUGUACUGUUAGUAUGUACUGACUGUCGGUGUCUCACACACCAUGUUAUGGGGCUGCUGUGAAAUGGUGAUGGAUUUGGGAUCAUGGUGGGUGAACAAGAAAACACGUAUGUUACAAACCAGUUUAUUUUGCAUACGCAUACAAAUCAAACAAUUCCUUGUCCGGGUCAUGCUGGGACAAUUUCCUGCUGGGACAUUAGGAGACGUUCCGACAGAAGAAAGAAAAAAACAGACACAAUUUAUUACAAAACAGACAACAUAAAAUACCAGGAAAGGACUUGGGGAAAGAAAAGUAACCGCAAUACUUAAAAACUACAUAACUAAUUAGACAAAUUGCCACCGACGACCACAAAACAAGACGCACUGCUUGAAGGUCCCCUAAUUUGUCAGCAGGAAAUUGUCCAGGCAUGAUCCUGACAUACAUAAGCAAGCUACAGUGUUGGAACCUUCUUCAUACCCCUUUUCCACCAAAAAGUACCGGGUGCUGGUUCAGAGCUAGCGCUGGUGCUGGUUCAAAGUUAGUUCCACUGGUGAACCUUCUAAGAACCGGUUUGCCUUUCCAUCGGUUAGAGAGCGUCACA